CCCAAAUUGUCUGUUACCCACUCAUCUCUUUUACUGCCUCGCAGCGAAGCAAGGAGUGCCGUGUGUUCGAAAUUGUUUUAUUUGUAUUAGAAUGAAUGAGAAGUGACCUAAAGCCAGUGAAUCAUUUGGACAAUAUUUAAUUUUUUGUCAUUCUCAACAGGCUUCGAAAACUCUCUGAGGCAUCCGAGCAUUUAUAAUAUCUCAACUGCAUUAACAAUGUUUUGUGGAGUUCAUCGGACAUUUUAAAUUAACAAAGUCGAGUAAUUAAAUGUUUUGGUCUCUCCAACAAAUGUUACUAAAAUCCUGGAUUUAAUGCGCUGCUGUAAGAUUAUCACAAAGCCUGUGAAUGAAAUGCACAGUCCAGACUUUUUAUCGAGGCAUUACGAGUGAGGAGCCCAGUGUGUGUUAUAUUAUCCUUGGAAAAGAUGGGACGGUGUGCAAGUAUGCUCCUGGCUGUGCUGGGUCUGUUGCUGGUGUUGGUGACAACGAUGCCUGCAGGACAGCCCUGCCCCAGACCUUGCUCCUGCCGCCCGCCCUCAGAGCUCCACUGUACCUUUCGCUCUCUGCUCUCCAUCCCCCCAGGCUUGCCCAAACACUCCCGCCACAUCAACCUGGGGUUUAAUAGCAUCCACAGGAUUGGGAUACAUUCCUUCUCUGGUCUGAAGAGGCUGGAGCUGCUAAUGCUCCAUGGAAACGACAUUCAGGAGAUUCCAGACGCAACGUUCCAAGACCUGGGGACCCUGCAGGUCCUAAAACUGAGUUACAACAAGUUAAGUCAGAUCACCGCCCAAUCCUUCUCCGGGCUCUCCUCUGUGCUCCGCCUUCACCUGAACCACAACCGUCUGCGGUUUCUCCACCCGCGAGCCCUGCUGCAGCUCCCAGCUCUCCGCCUGCUUCGCCUGCAGGGCAACCAGUUGCACCAGCUCCACCCCCAGGCCUUCUGCACCCUCUCUCUGAUGCACACCUACUGCCUCUCCACCCUCAGACAUCUGGAUAUAUCCAACAAUAGCCUUAGUAGUCUCCCCCAGGACAGCCUGGCCACAGCACCCCUGCUGGAGACUCUGGGACUGCAGGCCAACCCUUGGAGCUGUGACUGUAGCAUGGCUUGGCUACAACCCUGGAGCCUCAAACACCCAGGUGUGAUGAAAUGCCCAGGAGGACCACAGUGUCCGGUCUGUGACUCACCCAACCACCUGAAAGGGCGUGGCCUCAUCCAGCAGACUGACCUACCUUGCACUUCACCUGUAAUCUCCUCCCUGCGUAGAGACCUUCCCCGUAAGGAAGACCACAGCGAGAUCCAGCCAAUCGAAGCCUGGAGAGAACAACUAGGCCACACCUCCCUGACCUUGUCUGACCAACAAGGAAACAACGUCGACCUCAGCUGUAACGUGACUGAUUCUGCAGAAACUCCCGACGUCACCCCUGCUGACCUUCCCUCUAUACCCCUCUCCAUAUCUCUCUCCCUGUCUCUGGACUGCCCUGUGGAGAGGGGAAGCUAUGAGAGGGUGUGGAGGCUGCUGGCCUACUACAGUGAGACAGCUGUCAGGCUGGACAGGGAGAUCAUGCUGAGCAAACCCCCCAGGUUGGCAUACCGCUACAGACAGGCUGCAGAGAGGGAGGGUUAUUACCACACUGGGGUCAGGGCCUCUGUCACAGCCACCCCCGCCUGGCUGAUGCAGCCGGCCCUCAGCCUGCAGCUCGAUAGAGCCCAGUCUGGCAGUCGCACGGUCAAACUCGUCCUCAGCACCAGCGUGUCAGCGCAACCCAACCCUGUCCCGUCUGCCUCUGUUUCAUCACACAAAGCUCACCCCUGGGUCCUCAUCUCCACCAACCACACGCCCACAGCCCUGGCUGCAGUGGCAGGCAGCAGAGUGGAGCUCGCCUGCCCAGUUCUCGGCUCAGCACAACCCAACCUUCAGUGGGUGUUCCCAGAUGGAUCCCAUCUCUCCCCCACUUCCUAUAACUCAGAUGGUAGGGUCGAGGUGUCAAGCACCGGUUUGAUCUUGCACAGAGUAAAACUUUCAGAUGCCGGACUGUACCACUGUGUAGCCCGGGUAGGAAAGGAGGUGGAUGUUCUUCCUGUACGCAUGGCAGUGGAGGAAUCCUCUGACCCUGCCCCAGGAGAACAGGGAGUUCCUGCGGUGAUAGGAUUGGCUGGGGAGUCUGUUAAUCUGCCGUGUAAGACUUCUGGAUCACCAGCAGCAGAAGUGAGUUGGGUGCUGCCUGACGGUCGAGUGGUGAAAUGGGCCGGGGUCUCGGAAGGGUCCCUCUCUUCACAGGUAUUUGUUUUGAGAGAUGGGAGCUUGUCCCUCCCCCUCCCUGGCCGAAACAAUGUAGGUCAAUAUCGUUGUGUGGCAGUCAACCAGCAUGGCGUUGACGCCCUCUCCACCCAUCUGUCUCUAACCCAAAGCCAGGCCACGCCACUGCGGGCAUUUCUCAGGAUGUCUCAACUGGCAGCUAGGGUGUCAACCAGGACAUCAGCUCCUCUAGAGGGGGAAGGGUCUGGAUAUGGGGACAAGGAAGAGAUGGAAGAGAAGGAGAGAACCCCCCCCAUCAAUAGGGAACGUCCCAGACCGGCUAUGCCCCCUCAGACCAGAUGGCACCCCCCCGGUCCCCCACACAGGCGUGUUCCAGGUGGAGUUCAGGGGCGGAGAACAGGUCCCCCCGUGGAGCAGAGGAGGAACAGGCUGGAAGGCAGGCGGAGGGUGAACAUGGCCAAGCAUAAGAUUGACCCACAGAGAUGGGCUGACAUUCUGGCCAAGAUACGCCUCAGAACAGCCCCAAAUGCCACCCAGCCAACCGUGGGACCUGAUGCCACCAGGGAACCUACUGCACAGCCAAUUAGCAGCCAGUCAGGAACAGGAAGGAAAGGAGAGUCACAAACGGGCUCAGCUGAUACCACGGAGGGUUCCUCAAUAGAUGACUCUAUUCUGGAGGAGGAAGGCUUACAGGCUGUUCAUGCCUACAGAGACACAAAUAAACAGUCUGGCACAGACAAAGAGACAGAUACACAGACAGAAACAGGAAAAGAAAUGACCACCUCUACAGUGACCACCAAGCCCAUCUCCAGUUCUAAUGACAUUAGUCGAUUGAAUGGAGAACAGUAUGUCCAUACAGGUAGAACCAGACCACAGAAUCCAAGGCACGGAACAUUCAUCAAUUCCGUUCCCACACGGCCCAGAAGGCCUUGGGAUGCCCGUAGAAGGCUGGGUCCAAGGAGACGCAUCAACAGGCCUGGGGCACGAGCUAACCCUGACCUUGCAACCCCUGACCUCACCACCGCUGGGCCACAGGGUGGAGCCACAACAGAAUCAACCACCGCUAGAUCCUCUGUCCUGUUGCCCACAACUACAAACACAAAGGCCCCUGCCCCCUCUCCGUUCCCCAUCUCCCCCACAAUCCAUCCCCCUGCUUCUACCCCUUCACCCCAGACACACACAGACAGGCUGACUCACUCAGUAAACUCUGCGGCGAAAAUCCCAGCAAUUCCUGAGAAUACACACAGGCACACACAGGCACACACUCCCACACACACACACACGGAUAAACAAAGUGAGCGGACAAAGGAUGUUUCCCAACCCUAUGUGUAUUCCCCGUCUCUGACAGUCCAGCCCUUUCACAGUGAACCCACAGCAGUGCAGGGCUCCACUUUCCUCAUGCCAGACAACCAUGAGGAGGUUACAGCCUCUGAAGAACAAACAUCAGAAUCAUCCACAGAAACCAGAGCAGAACCUACCACCAAGCCUGCUAUAGAACAUACAACUGAGGUGAACACAGAACCCAUCACAGAAUCCAUUUUAGAACUGACCUCAGAGCUGCCAAUAGAACCCAGAACUCAACUCAUCACAGCAACUACCACAGAACCCACGACAGAACCGACUACCUUACUAACUACAGAAACUGCUGUUCAUACUGUUACUGCUAGCACUCCUUCUACGAUUAACUACGCACCUUCCACUGGAAUUACUACUACACUUUCACUUACCUCUACAUUUUUGACCACCACUACAGAACUGAAACCAAUACCAAUCCCCAGAGAGAAGCCCAUUCCUGGAUUAUCAGACUCCAGAGAGAAACCCAGUCUUGGACUACCAGACUAUAGAGAGAAGCCCGGUCCUGGACUACCAGACUAUAGAGAGAAUAUCAGUCCUGGAUUAUCAGACCCCAGAGAGAAACCCAGUCCUGGAUUAUCAGACUCCAGAGAGAAACCCAGUCUUGGACUACCAGACUAUAGAGAGAAGCCCAGUCCUGGGCUACCAGACUCUAGAGAGAAGCCCAGUCCUGGACUACCAGACUCUAGAGAGAAGCCCAGUCCUGGAUUAUCAGACCCCAGAGAGAAACCCAGUCCUGGACUACCAGACUAUAGAGAGAAGCCCAGUCCUGGAUUAUCAGACUCUAGAGAGAAGCCCAGUCCUGCACUACUAGACUCUAGAGAGAAGCCCAGUCCUGGACUACCAGACUCUGGAGAAAAGCCCAGUCCUGGAUUACCAGACUCCCAGGAGAAGCCCAGUCCUGGAUUAUCAGUCUCCAGAGAGAAGCCCAGUCCUGGAUUAUCAGACUCUAGAGAGAAGCCCAGUCCUGGACUACCAGACUCUAGAGAGAAGCCCAGUCCUGGACAACCAGAUUCUAGAGAGAAGCCCAGUCCUGGAUUAUCAGACCCCAGAGAGAAACCCAAUCACGGAUUAACGUACUCUAGAAAGAAUCUCAGUCCUGGACAACCAGACUCUAGAGAGAAGCCCAGUCCAGGACUACCAGACUCUAGAGAGAAACCCAGUCCUGGAUUAUCAGACUCCCAGGAGAAGCCCAGUCCUGGAUUAUCAGACCCCAGAGAGAAACCCAGUCAUGGAUUGUCGUACUCUAGACAGAAUCUCAGUCCGGGACAACCAGACUCUAGAGAGAAACCCAGUCCAGGACUACCAGACUCUAGAGAGAAACCCAGUCCUGAAUUAUCAGACUCCCAGGAGAAACCCAGUCCUGGAUUAUCAGACCCCAGAGAGAAACCCAAUCCUGGAUUAUCAGACUCUAGAGAGAAACCCAGUCCUGGACUACCAGACUCUAGAGAGAAGGCGAAUCCUGGAUUAUCAGACCCCAGAGAUAAACCCAGUCUUGGAUUAUCAGACUCUAGAGAGAAGCCCAGUCCUGGACAACCAGACUCUAGAGAGAAGCCUAGUCCUGUACAACCAGAUUCUAGAGAGAAACCCAGUCCUGGAUUAUCAGACCCCAGAGAGAAACCCAAUCAUGGAUUAAUGUACUCUAGAGAGAAUCUCAGUCCUGGACAACCAGACUCUAUAGAGAAACCCAGUCCAGGACUACCAGCCUCUAGAGAGAAACCCAGUCCUGGAUUAUCAGACUCCCAGGAGAAACCCAGUCCUGGAUUAUCAGAUCCCAGAGAGAAACCCAGUCAUGGAUUAUCGUACUCUAGAGAGAAUCUCAGUCCUGUACAACCAGACUCUAGAGAGAAGCCCAGUCCAGGACUACCAGACUCUAGAGAGAAACCCAGUCCUGAAUUAUCAGACUCCCAGGAGAAGCCCAGUCCUGGAUUAUCAGACCCCAGAGAGAAACCCAGUCCUGGACUACCAGACUCUAGAGAGAAGGCGAGUCCUGGAUUAUCAGACCCUAGAGAGAAACCCAGUCCUGGAUUAUCAGACCCCAGAGAGAAGUCCAGUCCUGGAUUAUCAGACUCUAAAGAAAAGACCAGUCCUGGACUACCAUACUCUAGAGAGAAAUCCAGUCCUGGAUUAUCAGACCCCAGAGAGAAGCCCAGUCCUGGAUUAUCAGACUCUAGAGAGAAGCCCAGUCCUGGAUUAUCAGACUCUAUAGAGAAGCCCAGUCCUGGACAACCGGACUCUCUGCAGCAGCCCAUUUCUAUGCUGCCAGACUCUAGAGAGAGGCCUAAUCCUGAGUUAACAGACCACAUAGAGAAGCCGAGUUCAGGACUACCAGAACCAGAAAAGAAGCCCAGUCCUGGGCUACCAAACCACAGAGAAAAACCCAAUCCUGGACUGCCAGACUCAAGAGAGAAGCCCAAUCCUGGACUGUCAGACUCCAGAGAGAGGCCCAAUCCUGGACUUCCACAUUCUAGAGAGAAGACCAGUCCUGGGCCACCAAACCCCGUAGAAAAGCCCAAUCGUGGACUACCAAACCCUGCAGAGAAACCCAGUCCUGGGUUAACAGAGCAGGACAGACAGCCCCCAGUCUGGACGAACCUGGGGGUGAACUCUAUUCCUGACUCUCAUGGCAGUCGACCACUAUUUCCUUUCUCCCCCUCCCUGCCAGUGUCCCCAGGCUUGCAGCCAGGACCCCAGCCGCCGUUGCUGAGAGCCAGGCCCCGUAUUGCUCUACCCCAUGUCCGCACCAUGUCUGUCCCAGCCGAAAGCACUGCUCUGUUGCCCUGUCCUUCUGCGGGAGAACCGACCCCUGUAAUCACAUGGACCAAGGUUUCAACAGGAGCAGUAAUAUCCGUUGGUUCCAGGGGCCAGCGUUUCGAGGUGCUGCCAAAUGGAACUUUCAUCAUCCGGAGCGUGCAGUUGCAGGAUAGGGGGACGUACAUCUGCAGCGCACAGAAUACACUGGGCCGGGACAGGAUGCUGUUGACCCUGGAGGUGUGGACCCGCCCCCCACGCAUGCAGCUUGCCAAUUAUCGCGAAAUAACAGUACACCAAGGAAGUGAAGUGGAGUUGGAGUGUCAGGCUGAUGGAGUCCCUAGCCCUCUCCUCUCCUGGGUUCUACCCAACCGCUCUGCAUUGACCUUUAACCCCAGCCUUAACCCUAGCCCCUCUCCAAGGGUGUACCUGCAGCUUAACGGAACUCUGCGUGUCUCAGCAGUGUUGCCGGGUGACAGGGGAGUGUACCGCUGUGUAGCAUCCAAUCCAGCGGGAACAGCGAGCACUUCGGUGCGUCUGCACGUGUCAUCGUUGCCACCUGUGAUCCAGCAGGCCUCAGAAGAGCUGACGAAGCUGCCUGCUGGUCUACCACUCUACGCCCACUGUUCCGCAAGGGGAGCCCCGCCUCCUGCAUUGCGUUGGCGAAUCCCCGACGGUACGCUGGUGCGGCCCUCUCAGUUCCUCCGGGGGAACCUGUUCAUCUUUCCCAAUGGGACCCUGUUCAUACGCAGCCUCAUCUUUGAGGACGCGGGCAGCUAUGAAUGCACGGCCAGCAAUUCUGUGGGAGGCGCCAAAAGAACAGUUAGGGUAGAGGUGACUGAAGGGAGAAUCACACCUGCAAUCCCGGGGAAGUCCUCCUCCCUCUUACCUGCCUCUCCCAGCAAAAAGACCAGAAUACCCAUUGUCUCCUCCUCCUCCCCUCAUGCACCCUCAAUUUUCAACAACACUAGAUUUUCCCCCUCCUUACCCCUUUACCCUGCCUCCCCUCAAUCUCCUACUUCUCCUCUCUCCCCUUCCUCACCCCUCAACAACACCCGAGUUGCCCCCUCUUCGCCUCACUCACCUUCCUCUCCUCAGUCUCCCUCACCCCUCCUUUCCCCUUACUCCCCCCAUUCUCCUUCUCACCCUCGGUCUCCUUCUCCUCCCCUGACCAAUUCUAGAGUCUCCCCCCCAUUCCCCUUCACCCCCUCUUCCCCCCUCAGUAAAGCAAAGAUUAUCUCCACCUCACCCCCUAGUGGUAGAGUCACAUACGGCAGCUCUGUGAUGCUUCACUGCUCCACCUCUGGCAGCCCACAGCCUACUGUUAUCUGGAGAACCCCCAGCAGAAAACUAGCAGACAUAAACUUCAGUUUUGACCGGCGAAUCCAAGUCUUCGCUAACGGCAGUCUGUCGAUCCAGGCGGUGACAGAGAAGGAUGGGGGGGACUAUUUAUGUGUAGCACGCAACAAGGUGGGCGACGACUUCAGGUUGCUCAGAGUCACCGUGGUAACCAAACCAGCCAAGAUAGAGUACAAACAGCCGUCCAAUCAGAAGGUCUCGUACGGCGAGGCCCUGAAGGUGGACUGUCAGGCGUCAGGUUUACCAGAUCCGGCCGUGAGGUGGAGCCUGCCAGACGGAACCAUGGUGAACAGCGUGUUGCAGGGAGCAGACCGAGGUGGACGCACACGCAGGCCGGUGGUGUUUGACAACGGGACCCUGUUCCUGUCUGCGGUGGGGAAGAAGGAAGAAGGGGAGUACACCUGCUACGCUGAGAACCAGGGGGGUAUGGACCAGAUGAGGGUGAGGGUGAGAGUCCUGCCCUCUCCACCCUCCUUUCCAGGUCAAAGCAGCUAUGAGGUCAUCAAUGUGAGACCUGGAGGGGCAGUGACUCUCCGCUGUGGGGUCAAAGGGGAACCUUCCCCCACUGUCACAUGGCUGUCCCCUGCCAAUCAUGUGAUCACACGAGGUUCUUGGCCAGAGCGUAUUCUGGUGGUGUCAGAUGGGUCUCUGGUGAUCCAGGGGGCCAGGGGGGGUGACGGAGGAAACUAUACCUGCAGAGCCAGCAACGCAGGUGGGGUGAACAGCAGAGUGGUGGGACUACAGGUGGAGGUCCCUUACCCAACAUUCACUGGCCCUGGGAGGGGAGACACCCAGAUACCUAUGAAUGGACAAGGGGCAAGCAGGGGUGGUACUGGGGUUAGCGGUAGGGAUGGCAGCAGUGCAGGGUAUGGGAGAGUACCUGAGAGCAGUGCAGGGUAUAGCAGGGUCGGAAGUAGGGUAGUUAGUGGAGGGGUGAGUGGGGACAGCAGUCAAGCUGGUGAUCAAAGUAGUAGAGCUAGUGUCAACAGGGGUGCUGGGAUGUCAGCCAGACACAAAGCAGUGAUUGGCCAGACUGUGCUCCUUCCCUGCCCCACCCAGGAAUCCCCCUUCCCCCGCCUGACCUGGCUACUUCCUGGUAACGGGGUCCUUCCAGUGCCGUUUUAUGGCAGCAGGAUGACAGUGCACCGGAAUGGCACACUGGAGCUGCGUGGGGUGAGGAUGAGUGAUGCCGGCAUGCUGGUGUGUGUGGUGAGCAGUGAAGGUGGGGAGGAGAGGUUGCAGGUCCACCUGGAGGUCUCAGAAGCUCAAGAGACAGCUCUCCACAGAUUCUCAGGCCUUCCAGAAAGACCUGCACCAAGGGCCCUAGUUACAGAGAAACCUACACAAAGAGUCCCAGUCUCACCAGUGCGACCUGCAUCAGGGAGCCCAGUCUUACCAGAGUCAGCUCGUCCGAGAGGCCCAGUGCCAAAGCCAGUGGAGAGGGAGCAGCCUGUAGUGGUCAGCAGCAGGUCAGCCUCUCUUGUGAGCAUCAUCAACGGGGAGAACCUCCACCUGCCCUGCCCCCCUGUCCCUGGUUUCUCCCUGGCUCCCCAGGUAACCCUCUCUUGGACCCUGCCCAGUGGGGUGGUCCUGUCUCGGGGGCAGUCAGGUGGGUCGGGCCGGAUCUCAGUCCUGGAAGACGGGACACUGACAGUGCUGCAGGCGUCUGUGUACGACCGUGGAUCCUACUCCUGCCGAUCCACCAAUCAGAAUGCCACGUCGGUACUGACCGUGCCAGUCAUCGUCAUCGCCUACCCGCCCCGCAUCACCUCUGGACCAUCCCCCCUGACCUACACCCGACCCGGUGUAGCCGUGCAGCUUACCUGCCUCGCCAUAGCAACGCCCCGGGCAACCAUCACCUGGGAGACGCCUGACCAGUCGCAGCUUCAGGUGACAGGUCAGGCCCGUGUCUAUGGUAACCGGUACCUGAGCUCCCAGGGGGCCCUAAUCAUCCAGAACCCUAGCAGUCGGGACACUGGGUUCUACCGAUGUACGGCGCGGAACGUCAUAGGCACGGACACCAAGGCCACCUAUCUGCACGUCAUCUAAUACACCAACACAAACACACCAUUUUCACACAUGCACAACACACACACAUGCACCUGUAAUCUUUGCUGUCACUUUUCCACAUCUUACAUAGAGACAGUGUCCUUCAUGCCCACAGAAACUGCAAACUAAGUGUAGAAAUACUGAUCAACCAAAGAAAGACUCAAAUGUUGAGGUAAAAUGUCUUAUAAACAUAUACAGUAUAUAUCAAACGGGAUGGAAAAGGCAGUCAGUGCACAUCUCGUGCCAUUCUGCCAUUAUGUCAUUCUUUCCACUCACUGAUCCUCAGGCUUCAGUCAUCAUCACAUUGUGUGUCUGGUCUCUGUGGUAAAGUGGAUAAGCGUGUAAUCAUAUUUGUUCUGUAUGACAUGUAUGAAAUCCUUCCAUUGUAAUGAGCUCUCCACUUUAACAUCUACGUGUCUUGUCUAGCUGCGUUGUUUUGUUUGGUUGUUCAGGCCUUUAGCAUAUAAUCAGUCCCACUAUUGUGUUAUUGUGACCAGAGGGAUUAAAUGGGUAUCAAGCUACAAAAUGAACUUAGUUCAAAUGGUGCUCAUGAACCUGUUCUUCUGUUCUAACUUCAGGGAACUAAACUAACUGUUAACAUAAACCGUAUAAUCCCACGUAAGGGAAUAACAUAGCUGUAUACAAAGCUGUCUCUCCCUCCAACUCGAUGCUUCAGCAUAGUCGGCUUGGUCUCCUCACAACCCAAUUCUUUACCAUUAACUGAAGAUAGACUGACUUCUUGGGUAAAUGCACAUCAGCUCUUCAACACAAGGAGAAAGUGUCCUUGUGCAUUUGCGGUUACAUCUUAGUUCCAGAUCUCUAGUUUUCUCUCUGUGGGACCAACCCAGAUGUCCAGCCAUGCAGAAUGUAUAUUUCUCAUAUGUAUAAUAUAAACCUCAUUCUAGCCAAGUCUUUUGAAGCAUGAUAUUUGUAUUAAUUACAGCUUUUGAUGUGCUUGUGAUUUGAAUGCUCGUCAAAGUCUUUUUUGUAACCAAAUGAAAGCUGGUACAGAUCAUGUUUUCAUGAAUAUUCCUUUUAUGUUUUCAUCUCUCUUAAAUUAUUUGUCUUGUAAAGACCCAGAUGUAAAGUGGUGUUAUUUUGUGCCAGUGGUUGUUCUCUUAGUAGUCGUCUAUAAAUGUUGGUUUAUUUUCAGUAGCUUCAUUUUAUAAAUAAAGG